CGGGAUCAGCAUGCUCCCUGCUCUGGACCUCGAUUUCAGCGAACCUUCAUUUGCAAAGCGAUGAGCUUGAAAGCACACCAUGGAAACGCCGAAGCCCAGACAGCCCCCUGCCGGAAGUUAGCGUCAGCGCCACGAGCGAGAGCAGGAAGUGUCUUUUGGCUUUCAUUAAGCCUUUCCUCUCUCCUCCUUCCCCCUCCUCCCCGCCCUCAGGACUGCUAUACAAACAAGGAUACGUAACUUCCGUUUUCUCUUCCAGAGAAGGUUCUCACACCCCUCUCACAGCCAUGUCUCUUGUAAUCCCCGAGAAGUUCCAGCACAUUUUGAGAGUGCUCAACACUAACAUUGAUGGACGGCGGAAAAUAGCUUUUGCCAUCACAGCCAUUAAGGGUGUAGGGCGAAGAUAUGCUCAUGUAGUGCUGAGGAAAGCAGACAUUGACCUCACCAAGAGGGCUGGUGAGCUCACUGAAGAUGAGGUGGAGCGUGUGAUCACCAUCAUGCAGAAUCCUCGCCAAUACAAGAUUCCAGACUGGUUUCUUAACAGACAGAAGGAUGUAAAGGAUGGAAAAUAUAGCCAGGUUCUGGCCAACGGUCUAGACAAUAAGCUGCGUGAAGAUCUGGAGCGGCUGAAGAAGAUACGGGCACAUCGUGGCCUUCGACACUUCUGGGGGCUCCGUGUCCGAGGCCAGCACACCAAGACUACAGGCCGCAGGGGUCGCACUGUGGGUGUGUCCAAGAAGAAGUAAACACAUUCAUUGGCCUUGUCCAUUAAUAAAUAGUUUAUAUCAAAA